UCUUGUGUUUCAGGAAGGAUUCGGAUUCUCCCCACAGCUGGCAUGGACAGAAUCAGAAACGAUGCUGUUGCUGUGACCCUGGACCCCAACACUGCCCACCCGAUGCUCCAGGUAUCACCUGACCUGGUCACGGUGCGCUGUGUUAAGGGGCGGGCGAUCACUUCUGGAGACAGAGGGGUGUUGGAGCCCAUUCUCUCAGUGAUGGGGAAGCCACCUCUCAGAGAUGAGGAAGGGAUCACCUCUGGCCGGUGCUACUGGGUGGUGGAGGUGGGCAGCAACUCUGAAUGGGACCUGGGAGUUGCCUCCAACGAUGCGGAGAAGAGGGCCAGGACCACGCUGAGACCCGAGGGAGGGGUCUGGUCCAUCGGGUGCCACCAGAAGGUGUUCAGGGUCAACGACGCCAAUUCCAAGCGGAUCUCCAUCCACCCAGCCACCCAGGAGAAGAUCCAGAUGAUCGGCGUAUAUGUUGACUAUGGCGAGGGCAAGGUCCUGUUCUGUGAUGACAGCACUGGCUCUCACCUCCACUCCUUCAGCGAUUGUACGUUCAAGGGGGGGCUCCUCCCCUUCUUCAACGUAUCUGCUUCAGGGAACGCACUGACGAUUUGUCCAGUUGUCCAUGUUGCAUGAGUCCGAGUUCAUUGUCCAGUUGUCCAUUUGUCCAUGUCUAGGCUGCAUGAGUCCUAGUUGCCCUGGCAUCGAGUGUCGUCUUACAAGUUAAUAUCACCAGCAACUCGUCCCAGACCUGCCACAUCGCAGCAACGACCAAGAAAGCAAACCAACGCCUCUACUUCCUGAAGAAGGCUUAGGAGGUUCAGCAUGUCCCCAACAACUCUCCCCAA